GGUUUAUAAUGUGACAUUGCUGAAAAAACAGCGCAACACUUUGUGAACCGAUGGCUUCAACACAAAACUCAGUAUAGGGAAGAUUAGGUUGAAACAAUAUUGGUGCCUCCAGUUUUCUGAAAAUAUAGAAGAAUAAGUGAUGUUUUUCUUCUGAAAAGUUUUGACGGACAGAACAAACUGAAGCCAAGUAAGGAGGCAAAACUGUUGGACAGGUUUUUGUUUCAAUGGCAGACUUGUCAGAGGUGUGGAUUACUGUGCUGUGCCUGCUGCUGGUGGUCCACUGUUCUGUCACCUACAAACGCACUCCAGGAGAUCCAGUGUUGGUGGACGAACAGUCAGCAACCUCCUUCCUGUCUCGCUCACUGCUUUAUAACAGCUGGGACUUGGAGCUGUUUGUUCCUGAUAGUUUAGAAAGGGAGUGUGUAGAAGAGAAGUGCAGCUAUGAGGAGGCAAGAGAGGUGUUUGAGGACGAUGUUCAGACGGAAUCAUUUUGGAUCAACUAUGUCAACAGUCAAGCAUAUGCACCCAGAGUGGAUGUAUCAGGACUGGUGGCAGGGAUCCUUGCUGUCCUGGUGUCAGCUGUUAUUGCAACUGUGCUGGGAAUCUACUGCUACAAAGCCAAACUCAAGGGUAGACGGAGUUCAGCUCAAGCUCCAGUGAGGAUGGCAGCAGAUGGGCAUCCAUCCCCAGAGUCAGUGCCUCUGGCUCCGAUCAUUGCCCCAGGUCUACCAAGCUACAAUGAGGCUCUGCACCGCAGUGGGCAGCACGAUGCCCCACCACCUCCAUAUUCAGGGGGUGCGCCAUCUGAGAAUGCUGAACCAGAAGACAAUGAAUGAUUUGGGUUAGAGUAAGAAAAGCAAUGGGUUUGAUAAUAAUUGGUGUUUUGAGUAAACUUUUAAAUAUUGCAUGUUGUUUGAUAUACCAUAUUUAUGAGUGAAGAGCUAACACAAUCCUUGACAGCACUGAUAGAGUGAUAUAAGCAUUGGCUGGCCAGUAGUCUGUCCUCUACAGAUAUGAUGCUUUAAAGUGGGUACAGCUGAGGGUGAAUAUUAUAUUUGUGCUUGCACUGUGCACCAAACUGUGUUGUGUUUGGAGUUAAUGCUGUCCAGAGCAACAACAGACAAUAAGUUCAUAGAGCUGUUGAUUCUUCUAGAAAUGCCAGACAUCUUUUACACAAUAAACCACAUAUGAUUCCCAUUCAGAUUUGGAUUGUGACAUAACACACCUCUCCAGCCAUAUUUUAUUCAUGUGUGUUUAUCGAGUCUGUAGAGCCAAAUGCAUGCCUGUGCUACGCACUUGAACAUGAACUUGAAUUUAUUAUUGAUUAUAAAGAAACACAUCUGGCUAUAGCACCAA